UUUCCCUCCUGCCUCUUCAGCUCAUUUAGUUCACACGUGGCUGUGGAGUCGCACAGCUUGGUUCACUCUGAGCUUUGAAAUGGGGCUGGUCGGGACCUUUGUUUGCAUUUUUGUUGGACAUCUUGUCUCUGUUCACUCAGUGAUCAUAAAUAGGCAUGAUGCCACACUCUCCCAGGAUUUUCCGGGAUUUUUGGAUGAUCGUGAGCCUUUGUCAUUUGAGAGAAACUUUGAUUUCUUUUCAUAUGACCCAAUCUUCAGCUCCUGGCAAACCCCGGGCCCCGACUUCCACAUGCUCGCUGACCUGCCUCCCAUCCUGAACGUUCCCAGAGUGCAGGUGUUCUGUGAUGAAUCUAAGCUCACUGUGCUAGUGGAUAAGAGGUCCAGUGGUGCCAUGUUGACCGCAGAGGAGAUUCAGUUGGGAGAUGGCUGCUAUAGCAACAGAGAGCGACCAAACCAAUUUGUCUUCACUUACAGCGUGGACAAGUGCGGAACCACACUUGGAAUGCAGAACGGCUUGGUGAUGUUCACCAACGCCAUCCACAUUAAUCUCAAAAAAACACUUGCCCCCUGGUGGCAUACUCCUCCCAUGGUGCAUGUCUCCUGCUUCCCAAAGAGGUCUUAUUUUCGUCCAAGUUUGUCUGACUCAGUGGCACCUUCUGAGAACGGCAGGCGAUUCAAUAUGAAAGUUGUGACAUCUUCCUGGACCAAUGUCACAGAGUCAAAUGUCUAUAAAAGAGGCCAAGUUAUCAACCUGCAGGUUUCUGCCAGAACUACACCUGAUCAGCAGCUUUUCAUCCAGUCCUGCUUCGUCUCUGCGUCCCCGGAGCCUCAGAGUAAACCUCGGCAUGCAGUCAUAAUGAACAAAGGGUGCACAGCCCCACUGGGUUCUCCUCAUCCUGUCGUAGAGUUUGUGGCCUCCACCGGAAGGGAUGUGGUCAAUUUUGUUUUGAACACAUCCUAUCUCAUUUCUGAGCUUUACGUUCACUGCAGCAUGCUCAUCUCACACCAGGGAGUCACUCAUGGAUCUAAAUCCUGCAACUACAACUUAAUCCACUCUAGAUGGCAGGAGCUCGGUGGAGACGUUGAGGUAUGCGAGUGCUGCAGUUCAAAGUGUAAAGGCCCAGCAGUGAGGCACCAUCCUGAAGAUCAGAUCAGGGCUACAGUCAGCACUGGUCCAUUAGUCAUUGUAGACAAUUAUAUUGAGAUGAGCUCAGAGCAUGAUGUCUCUGAACCACAAGAAACCCCCUCUGCCCCGGUUACCAACGUCAUGCAGUCUGACACAGUGACGGGAGAUGCGAUUGUUUCAGGGGCUUCUCUAUCAAGAAGCAAGAUGUCGUCUCCUCCACAGGGUGUAGUCAUUGUGAGUCAGGACCCAACUGCCAGACUGACCCUAUGGCUGACUGGACAGGUGCAGGAGUUUGAAGACGGUUCGACGGAUCGGUUAAAGGCAAGCGACAUAAUUUCAAAUGACCUUCCUGUGCCGCAACCUUCAAAUCUCCCCAUAAACCAGAUCGAAGGUCAAAGUAUCAAUGGCCUAAAAGGUGACGCCGCAUUGUCGGAUCUGAAGUUUCCUGUAAUGGAUGACAUUACAGCUAUUGCAGAAGUUUCUCCAAGACAAAAGUUGACUGGUAGAUCUGGAGUGUUUGGCCCAGAUGUUCCACAGGUCGACAUCCUUCUGCUAGCUGAGGCGACUGUAAAUGACCUUAACCGUGUUCAUUUUGACCAAGUGGAAGAUGAGCCAGCUAAAAUGCAAGCAGAUGCAGCCGUGAUCCCCGAAGAAGGAACAAAUGAUGACCAACCAAUAAUUCGCUCAAAACUUCAGUUCUCCAAAGGGGCGGAUGGGACGCAGAUGCUGAGUUAUGAGGAAGAGGAGGUGGAGAAACAAGAGGGAAAAGGUGUGACUAGAGGAUGUGGAAUGAAUGGGACUAAAAUAAAACAAGAGCCCAGACGGAAGGGGCUGCGCACGACCUUCCUAGAUCUGUUGAGGAUGAUGGACAAAGCAGAAUAAUUGCAUCUAUUUUAUAAUUGUACUUUAAUUUAAUAAACUUGUUGGGCAAUAUU